AUUUCCAGUCAAACACUCCAAUUAAUGAAUCCCUGCAAUAUUACCAGACAGGAGUUGGACCUGCCUGACAUUUUUUGUCCAUAUGUGUCAAACAAUAAAAUUUGGUUUUCGUGGCCUGGAAAAUUCAGCAUAGGCACUGAAACUAAACUAGCGGGAGAAAAGAUUGGUUUCUUCAUUUUAAUGAAAUAAGUAGGCCCCUUUUAGACUUUGUUAUUAAUUUGUCAAAUUUUACAUCAAGUGAAGGGCCAGUGUUUGAGAGUAUAUAAGCUAGGUUUGACAAGUUUUUCAUUUCCAAAGAAUAUAACCAAUAGAGUUAAUAGUUAUGUAUGUGAGCCUAUAUUAUUAAUAGGUUUAACAUGAUCAUCGAUCUUCCAUGAAGUUUCAGUUGGAAGGCAAAAGUGCCAUGUGGUGAGCUCAGAUGUGUGCACAUGGUUUCUCAGAUACCAAAGCAAAGAGAGUCCAAAUCAGAGCAGGGGAAAGAGAAGGGUUUUGGGUUUUCAAGAGAAUCAUCAGUUGCAGAGGGGAAAACCCACCUGACUUGGUGUUAUUAAAUUGAAGGAUCAACCCUUUUGUUUAUAUUUUACCAUUAUUUUAAAAAGUAAUUGGCACUUGGGGAAGUGUGAUUUAUGUGAUAAGAGGGCCAAAUUGCAAACUUUUCUCGGUGCAAAGUCCACUAAUUUUGUAAUAGAAAAAAAAAAAAAAAAAGUCUCAUGUUUGUGUUCACUAUUGCCCCUGCUGCUUCCUCUUUGCAAACAGUACUUCAUCAUGUAUAUUUGUUUCUUCACAUCUCAAAGCAUUUUACAGCUUAUGUUCAUUUUCUUCCUUCUUGAUAUUGAUGCCCUCUUUUACAGAGUACUCUUUUCAACUCCCAUGUAAGCCUUUCCUUUCCUCAUCCUAGCUAUUAAGCCUUUUCAUUCUGACAUAUAUAUAUAGAUCCAUCCAUUUCCUUGGUUUCAUUCUUUCUUUCUUUUCCCACAUUACAAUAUUUUUAGUGUAAAAGGGUUCAUAUAGACACCAUACGAUCCUUGUUUAUAUUUCAAGCAUAUCUCUACUUCAUAAUAUCCAAUCUAUAGAUGAGAAAAUAAAAGAUAUUAAUAGAAAAAGUUUAUUUGUGGCUUACUGUCACAUAGCUCUACAUACUAUUUUCGUCCUUUAUUUUAAUUAGUUUGAUCUAUAUAUCCAUAAAGUGGGAAGAAAACAAAAUGGUUGAAUAUGAGAUAAUCAACCAUUUAUGCUCCUUUAGAAACUCACCACCAUGGUUUCUACUCCUUGUUCCAUUACUGUUAACUUUUGUGGGAUUAGUUUUUGGGCUCAAGUUCUUCUUCUCUACCCUUCUCAUCAUAACAUCUACAAUAAUCUAUCUCUUCACAUUACAUAUAAUCUCAAAGCCAAAAUCUGUACUGGUCCAAAGUUUAGUACCAUCCCAGGAAGAAGAUAGUGUUCAAAUCUUUGAAAAAAACCAAGAUAUCAUCACUACAAGUAGUAGUACUACUACUAUUCCUCCUCAUACCAACUCACCAAAUAAUGAUGACUCACAAUCCGAAAGCGAGUUCUUGGAUUAUCAUUCUACCACGACAGAUGAUUCAGAUGAAGCUGAUUAUGAGCAUCAAUGGCCGUACAGAAACGAAAAGAAGAACAUGGAGAAACUACAAUGGCCGCGCAACAGAGAUAAUUUCUCCGACGACGACGACGACGGUGGUUCCAUCUCUGACGAGGAAAGCCUCAUUGAGAUCUCUCUCCGAAGUGGGCAUUACGUCGAUCAUCAUCAGAAGAGUGAUAAUAAUAAUAAUAUAAUGAGUAAAGAUUUGUUCCCGGACGUUGUUUCAUCAUGCAAUAAUAUCUUCAGACAGCGUAGCUUAAUGGAGUUAUUGGCGGAGAUUAAUGAGAUGAAUGAAGAAGAAAAUUUGAUUGAGAUUGAUAUAUCUAUGGGAUCCAUCAAGUGUUCCAGGUUUGAGAUUCAAGCUUGAUGAUAUGAUCAGGAGCUAGCUUUACUUAACUUACAGCUAAUUAUAAUAUAUGAGACCAUAUAUGCUUUUCUUUUUUCUUUUUUCACUUUAAAUUUUCCUAUUCAAGUUUAAAGUUUUUGAUCCACUACAUGGAUUUGGCUGGAAAUGGUAUAUCACUUAUUAUUAGGAUUUUAAUUAUUACAUGUACACUACUUUUUCCUUUGGGUGUUUUUUUGUCGUGUUAUAAUAGUAAAAAUUAAUAAGCAAUAUAUUGUAUUGUGGUGCACUAUACAGUAUACUCACCUACUCUCUAUA